CUGGUUUCCAUCGCUGGGGAGCGCUCGCUCCUCGAGUGCAUAACGGGGGUCUGAUGGCAGGAUGGCGGAGGCAGGGGGACCGGAGUCCGCAGCGGCCCGGUGCCCGGACGAGUCAUCGGAUAGUGAACCGGAGCAGGAACCCGGAACCCCGCAAAAACUCAUCCGUAAAGUCUCCACGUCCGGACAGAUCCGCAGUAAGACUGUGCUGAAAGAGGGAACUCUGAUGAAACAAACCAACUCAUUCCAACGCUGGAAGCGUCGUUAUUUCAAACUGCGAGGGAGGACAUUGUAUUACGCUCAAACUGCCAAGUCCAUCAUCUUUGAUGAAGUGGAUCUGACCGACGCCAGCGUUGCAGAAUCCAGCACCAAAAACGUCAACAACAGCUUCACGGUGAUCGCCCCCUGCAGGCGUCUCAUCCUCUGUGCAGACAACAGAAAAGAGAUGGAGGAGUGGAUGGCAGCUCUGCGCAGUGUCCAGAACAGACAUAACUAUGAGUCUACCCAGUACAGUAUGGACCACUUCAGUGGGAUGCACAACUGGUACGCCUGCUCCCAUGCCAGACCCACAUACUGUAACGUCUGUAGGGAGGCGCUUUCAGGAGUGACAUCACACGGCCUGUCCUGUGAAGUGUGUAAGUUCAAAGCUCACAAACGCUGUGCAGUCAGAGCGACCAACAACUGUAAAUGGACAACUCUGGCUUCUAUAGGGAAGGACAUCAUUGAGGACGAGGACGGGGUGUCCAUGCCUCACCAGUGGUUGGAGGGAAACCUCCCAGUGUCGGCCAAGUGCAGCAUCUGUGAUAAGACAUGUGGUAGCGUUCUACGUCUUCAGGACUGGCGCUGUCUAUGGUGCAAGGCAAUGGUGCACUCUGGCUGUAAGGAGCAGCUGUCGUCCAAGUGUCCUCUGGGCCAGUGUAAAGUGUCCGUCAUUCCUCCCACGGCGCUCAACAGCAUCGACUCUGAUGGUUUCUGGAAGGCGUCCUGUCCUCCAUCCUGUACCAGUCCCCUCCUGGUGUUUGUCAACUCCAAAAGUGGUGACAACCAAGGCGUGAAGUUCCUGCGCCACUUGGGGUUGAGGCUCUUCCAGAAGUUUGAUACCUUCAGAAUCCUGGUGUGUGGAGGGGACGGCAGCGUGGGCUGGGUGCUGUCAGAGAUCGAUGCUCUGACGCUGCACAAACAGUGUCAGCUUGGCGUUCUGCCUCUUGGGACUGGUAACGAUCUGGCCCGGGUCCUGGGCUGGGGCUCCGCCUGUGACGAUGACACGCAGUUGCCUCAGAUCCUGGAGAAGCUGGAGAGAGCAAGCACCAAGAUGUUAGACCGGUGGAGCAUCAUGGUCUAUGAGACAAAGUUUCCACGGCAACACUCGGCCUCCACUGUCACAGAAGACUGCCACAGUGAUGACUCUGAGGUGCAGCAGAUUCUGACCUAUGAAGACUCUGUUGCUGCUCACCUUUCCAAGAUCCUGACUUCAGACCAGCACUCUGUUGUCAUUUCCUCUGCCAAGGUUCUGUGUGAGACCGUGAAGGACUUUGUGGCUCGCGUUGGUAAAGCGUAUGAGAAGAACACAGAGAGCUCAGAGGAAUCUGAGGCCAUGGCCAAGAAGUGUGGAGUUCUGAAGGAGAAACUGGACUCUCUAUUAAAGACUCUCAACGAGGAGUCCCGGGCCUCCACUGUCCCUCCCCCGGCUCCUCCUUCUCCUGUCAUACCUGGUGAUCAGGAGGAGGGAAAGAUUGUAGUACACCCACCUUCGCUCCAUCUUCCUCCUCCUCCUCCUGCUCCUCACACACAGCCCUGCUCCCCACGCACCAACAGCCCCUCAGCCACCAUCUUCAAACCCAGAGAGCAGCUGAUGCUGAGAGCCAACAGUCUGAAGAAGGCCAUCCGUCAGAUCAUCGAGCACACAGAGAAAGCGGUGGACGAGCAGAACGCACAGACGCAGGCGCAUAUGUUCACCCUGAAUCGUACUGAAGAAGGCAAUGGUCUGGUGGAGGAGGAGGAGGAAGAGGAGGAGCUGGAGGAGGACAAAGUGUCUCUGAAGUCAUCCUACAGCGCCAAACAUCGCAGCACACGCAGAGUCAGUAAGACGCCCUGUGAAAAGUUGAUCAGCAAAGGCAGCCUGUCGUUGGGUAGCUCUGCAUCACUUCCUGGCCACACCGGAAGUAGGGAGAAUAUGCCGAUGCUCAACACAAAGAUCCUCUAUCCAGGUCUCAGAGCAGGUCUCUCCAGCUCUCUGUCCAGCAGUUCCGUCAUCAGUCGACUGUUGGUGAAUGCCGACUCCUUCAGUGGUGAUCCUGAGAACAUGGAUUGUUUCACAGAGAAGUGCGUCAUGAAUAAUUACUUUGGAAUCGGUCUUGAUGCUAAAAUCUCUCUGGACUUCAACAACAAGAGAGAUGAGCAUCCAGAGAAGUGCAGGAGUCGCACCAAGAACAUGAUGUGGUACGGCGUCCUGGGGACUAAAGAGCUUCUACACAGAACCUACAAGAACCUAGAACAGAGAGUUCUGCUGGAGUGUGACGGCCGGCCCAUCCCUCUCCCCAGUCUACAGGGUAUCGCAGUGUUGAACAUUCCAAGUUAUGCCGGGGGAACCAACUUUUGGGGCGGGACCAAAGAGGAUGACACGUUCACUGCUCCGUCCUUCGAUGAUAAGAUCCUGGAGGUGGUGGCCGUGUUUGGCAGCAUGCAGAUGGCCGUGUCCCGGGUCAUCAACCUGCAGCACCAUCGUAUUGCUCAGUGUCGGACGGUGAAGAUCACCAUCCUCGGAGAUGAAGGUGUCCCUGUUCAAGUGGACGGUGAAGCCUGGAUCCAGCCUCCAGGUUACAUUAGGAUCCUCCAUAAGAACCGGACCCAGACUUUGACCCGGGAUCGAGCGUUUGAGAGCACACUGAAGUCCUGGGAAGACAAACAGAAGUGUGAGUUUCCACGGACUCCACCUCCUCAGCCCCCACAGCCUCCCACGUCCUCCCCACCGGAGAUGGUCUCUGAGGAGGAGGCGUCGCUGGUCAGUGAGUUUGGUCAGGCAGCAGGAACCCUCAUACACAGUAUACGAGAGGUGGCUCAGUCCCACCACAGUAUGGAACAGGAACUGGCUCAUGCUGUCAACGCCAGUUCAAAGGCCAUGGAUGUGGUCUACGCCAACUCCAAGAACUCUGGGGCUCUGAGCUGCAGUGUUGUUGUGCACAUGGUCAAUAAUGUCAAGGCUUUACUCAGUGAGACUGAACUGCUGUUGGCUGGAAAGAUGUCCAUGCAGCUGGAUCCACCUCAUCAGGACCAACUGAACUCUGCUCUGAACUCUGUUGCUCAGCAGCUACGUCGACUGGCAGAUGUUCCCUGGUUGUGUUCCAUCAUUGACCCAUCAGAUCAGGAGGGUUCUCUGUUAGACUUCUCCAAACGCAGCCGCAGUGCUAAAUUUCGCCUUGUCCCAAAGUUCAAGAAAGAUAAAAACAACAAGAACAAGGAGACAUGUGCAACUCUGUCUCUGCCUGUUUACCAGUGGGGGACAGAGGAGGUGGGGGCGUGGCUGGACUUCCUGUGUCUCGCAGAGUAUAAGGACAUUUUUAUUGGACAUGACGUCCGUGGGGCUGAGCUUAUACACCUGGAGCGAAGGGACCUGAAGGACCUUGGGGUCACCAAAGUCGGUCACAUGAAGAGAAUCCUUCAGGGAAUCAGAGAACUGAACAGGAACAGCAGUGCCAGUGAAGCCUGAUCAUCCAGGUCCCGCCUCCUGACAUCCUCCUUCGACCUGUGCUGCUACUGAACCUCCUGAUCUGACUUUUGACCCUGGACCAAAAAACAGGAAUGGACUACUUGUCAAAACAAGAACCAAUCAGAUGCUUCACCCGUGCCUUCCCAUCUCACCAAACAGCCAGUCAGCAUCAUAAUGAGAAACUCCAUCCACAAAGACCACAGCUAGUGUGGGCAGACUGAAGAAGAAUGGCUUCAUGUCAGUGUGGAGUCGCUGUAUACACUGUAAAAAAAAACACAGAACAUCUGUGAUCAGCUGAGACCUGCAGGGACACGUCUGUCUGUCUGUGACCCCUCUGUACUUUUAUUCCUCUUUUAAACUCUGGGUUGUUGUGACGUGUUUGUGUGUUGACCUGUGAACAGACAGUGCUAACGUGAUUUUAACGCUCAGGACGUUCAGAUCUACAUGUUGUGUUUACGUUGUUUCCAGCUUGUUGUCAGUCAGAAAUAUACACCAUCUACGUGGACAACAGAAACAUGCUGCAUAUCCAUAUUGGUUGACAGGUGUCUUGUGUAAAGUCCUUACAUCGUAGCAUGCUAACACACGUUAGCUCCUGCUGCGGCCCAGUGUGUUAGUGCCUUGCUUGAGGGCGGUUGGUCGAACCUCUGCUGUUACCAUGAUGCCACGUCUGAUUCGUCCUGUGUAUUUAUUUGAUAAUUUAUGUAAAUGUUAUUACUGUACGCUGUCAAACCUCUGUGUGUACAUACGCCCUAUGUUGGGCUGUCGGUGUAAAUACAGUCUGCUGUUUCUUUGAUUUGCUGUAAACAAACAGUAAGUAAAACCUGUAACGACAA